AUGCGAAAUCAUUUUGCUAAUGUUGCAAGAAAUAUGAAUAAUUAUGUUGCUGCAUCAACUCGUAAUUAUCAUCAUGGACGAUUUUAUUCACCGAGGCAUGAUAGAGUAAAUUAUUUACCAAUGUACAAUAGACCAUCAAUAGUGAAUUCUGGUCUUAGUGGUUUUAUUGCUUCUGGUUUAAAUGCAGUUGGUAUGCCACGAAGUGUUGUUAAUAUGGGUUAUCGAUUUGGUUAUUUUUUUGAUUCUUAUGCAUAA